AUGUGGCCACACUUCAAAGAUUGCAUAGGAGCAAUUGAUGGCACUCAUAUAUCUGCAACCCCACGGAAGAGGGACCUCAUUAGAUAUAUUGGAAGGUCUGGAAAACCUACUCAAAAUGUAAUGGGAGUUGUUGAUUUUGACAUGCGUUUCACAUAUGCCUCUAUUGGUCAACCUGGUUCUAUGCAUGAUACUACUGUACUGUACCAUGCACUUGAAAGUGAUGAAGAUACCUUUCCACAUCCUCCUUUAGGAAAAUAUUAUGUUGUUGAUGCUGGUUACCCAAAUAGAGAUGGCUAUUUAGCUCCUUACAAAGGUCAGAGAUACCAUGUUCCAGAAUGGAGGAAUAACGCAGCACCUAAUGGUGAGCAAGAGAGGUUUAAUUACUUGCACUCAAGUCUUCGCAAUGUAGUAGAGCGCACAUUUGGUGUAUGGAAGAUGAAAUGGAGGAUUCUUCUUAAGAUGCCGACAUAUCCAGUUGAUAAGCAAAUGAUGAUUGCUGCUGCCACAAUGUGCCUUCAUAACUACAUCCGCGAGAAUUAUGCUCUUGAUGAGGAUUUUCAAAAAUGUGAUCGAGACCCUGACUAUGUUCCUACAAUUCCAACCCGAUACAGAAGACAUGUUCCUCAUAAUGCGUCCGACACAUCCACCACAGCUUCUAGUAGUAGGAACAUGAAUAGGUUUCGUGAUGAUCUAGCUAGAGCAAUUUGGGAAGCAAGGUGA